GAAUUAUUGAUUCAUCUUUCUUCUCCCGUCUGCCUAGUCGUGGCAGAUUACAGGCCACGGUCAAUAGCAGCUCGGCCUCACGGGGCUCCCGAGGUCAAUAGCAAAGAGAAAGGCGAUGCCCCUGCGGCGCUCGCAUACGAAAUCCCACCACGGCUGUGUCCAAUGCAAACAACGCAGGAUAAAAUGCGACGAGUCUCGGCCCACUUGCGGCCCAUGCCAGAAGAAGAAGGUGUCAUGUGUAUUCAAGAGCCAUUUCAUACAAGCGCCACCGCAUCAUAGGGUUGAAGAACCGUUCAUCCGCGCCAACUCGCUGGUACAUGAAGGCCCCCGGCUUCCACUGCUGGAAUUGGAGCUCUUGAACCACUGGCACGUGGCGACGGUGCAGACACUAAUACACGAAAAGUCAACAGAUACGGUACUGCGUGUCUUUGUUCCGCAAGAGGCUCUCUCGCACCCGUUUCUAAUGCACAGCAUGCUGUCGUUGUCAGCCCUCCACUUAGGUCACCACGGUUCGAUCGAGCGACGGCAUCAGUAUAUAGAAGCGGCCAUGACUCACCACAACACUUCGUUGUCUUUAUGUACCCCACUUUUGAAUAAUGUGACACCAGAAAAUUGUCACGCGCUGUUCGCAUUCUCCUGUUUUGUCGCCACGUUCGCGUUUGCUGCGUACGGGCCAAAAGCCCACCCGAGGGCCCAGAGUGUCUCAGAUGUUCUCGAGGUCUUCAAACUUGUUCGAGGAGUUGCUUCUAUUGUACGCCAGGCCCGACCGUGGAUAGAAGCAGGGAGGAUGAGGGAUUUGCUGCAAGUUGGUCGUCAGCCACGCGACAGGCCGGAAAUGACGCAAUCCCAGGAGUUGUAUACCCGUCUACUGAGUCUGCACGAAAGACAGCGGCAAGAUGAUGGCGUUGCCUGCUAUGACAGCCCGAGCUCAGUGGUCGCAAGAUCGUCUUGGGAGCUGCUCAACUUGUUGCACCUGUCCACCACCUUGGAGAAUCCUGCCGCUAUCUUGAGAUGGCCCGCUCUUAUGGACUCAAUGUAUCUGGAUCUGUUGCAGCACGAGAAUGGCAUGGCUCUUCUGGUUCUCGCUCAUUAUGGUGUCGCACUAGACAUUAUGAUUGAGAGCUGGUGGAUGGCUGGUUGGGGUAGGUUCUUAGUCAAUCUUGUCUUGGAUCGCUUGGGGCCUCAGAGUGAACCAGAGCUUGCAUGGGCCCAAGAGGCUCUCAAUAGAAGGGAUGCAGAGCACUGAUUCAGUCGACUCAAGACCUUGGCGAUCGCCUUUAGGAUUUCACAAGUCAAGCCCUUCACCACGGCUUGUGUACACAUAUGAUGCUGGAGAGUCGGCUCUUCCGGGGGAUCCAUGGAGGCCAGUUUUUCUAGUCGACAGCUUUCCUAUACC